GUUUCAGUGUUAUGGAGGUGGACUUUGAGCAUCGUUGUCAUUUAACAAUGCAGGUCAAGCACUGCAAUUACAUUAUGAACUUUUUCAACUAUUUUGAAAUCAUGUACUGUAGCAUAGAUAUUCAGAGCAAGCUGGAAGAGAGACUCAUUAUGGGCCUAUUCGGUAUUAUUAUGAUUUUGCUGACAAUCAUGAUAGGUCAUUUGGUGGACAAAUAUAUUGAACCUGCCUUAAAGAUACUCUCGGUGAAGAUGUACAUGAGUGAAUAUUUGGCUGGAGUUACUCUAUUGAGUCUGGGCAACUCAUUUGCCGAUCUGAUCGUCAACUUGAUGCCCAUUCGAGGACAUGCUCCCAUCUAUACGAUAAGUCUUAGCAAUGCCUUGGCAGUGAUUCUAUUGAGUGGUGGCAUGGUCUGUUUCCUGCGACCCUUCAAAUUAAAUGGACACUCAGUCAUAAGAGAUCUUCUCUUUCUGCUUCUUGCCGCCGAGCUCACAAUCUAUAUGAUCUUCAGCGAUACAAAAACUACGAAGCCGGAAUCAAUCUCACUUGCUUUAUUAUAUCCUAUUUAUUUAUUCGUCCUCUUCGUGGAUCACAAUUUGUUGCAUGAGGCCAUAUCAACCCUUUAUAAGGAAAUCGAUGAAUUGCAAAACCAACCUUAUACACCCCGUCGAAAGGAUCUAAUCAAGGAGAAGCUGAAGAAACUGCACGAAUUUGAGCAGGAAGUUAGAGUGGUUGUGCAUAACAAUUCGAUCAUCUAUCGUUAUAACUCUUCAAAUCUUGAAACCUAUUGGCGCGAUUACCGAAAACAAAUGUCCAACUGGGAGAUUCAAAAUAUACAGAAGAUGGAUGAGAACAUAACUCGAAAUAUCUUGUAUAAUUUCCACAAUCCGAAGAAUAUGUUUCUGUUUGAGGAGUUCUUAACAGCAUUAAUACCCAUUAAUAUUGUGGAUUGGAAAUUCAGCGGUUGGUGUCAUCGCAUCUUUCUCAUAAUUCUCUCUCCCAUUGCCCUCUUCUGUGCCAUCUUCAUUCCCAUCGUGGACUAUCGACAGGAUAAACAUGGUUGGAGCAAGUUGCUCAACUGCACGCAGAUUAUUACGAAUCCCAUAUUAUGCUUUGUAUUGGUUGAAGCAAUGUUUAAUAAUACAUAUACCAAAAGAUAUCCGGUUUUGACGUUGACUAAUGCCAUAUGGACCUUGUGGUUCACCGUGCCCCUGGCUAUACUUGUAUUCUUUCACUCACGCACCGACAGACCACCGACGUAUCACUUGCUCUUCUUGUCCCUGACAGUUGUCAGCUCGAUGCUCUUUCUAGCCAUUUGUGCCACCGAGCUGGAGGUACUCUUCGCCAUCAUUGGCCUGGUCUUUCAUAUGACCGAGGAUUUUGUGGCCAGCAGCAUUCGAUCCUUGGCCGGAGCCAUGGGCGAUGUCAUCUUUAACACGCACCUGGCGAUGCAUGGCUAUGAGAAAAUGGCCUUUGCUGCCAGCCUGGCCGCGCCCCUUUUCAUCAUCACGGUUUGCAUUGGCAUUCCGUGUUAUUUCAAUUCUCAAGUACAUAAGACGGAGUCUGCACAUUGGCUAUAUGGAAUAUAUGGUGAAAAUUCGUAUAUUUUCUUCACCAUGGCGAUUUUCACAGCUCUGGGCUGGACCCUGACACUUAAUUUCUCUGCUCGCCGAUCGGUGGGUAUAUUUUCAUAUAUUUUAUUUAUGUUAUUUCUCUUAUUUAACGCACUUGCUGAGUGGGAUUUAAUUCAUGAAAUGGCCAGAGAUAAGAUAUUUAAACCAAUAUAAAA